AUGCAGACGCCAGUUGAUGCGUUCCAAAUUCGUAAGCUGGAUAAGAUGCCUAGCCAUCAGACAGCAUCAAACACACGAGCUGAUACGCUCCACGGUCGUCAGCUUGAUAACACGCAUGGCCGUCAGACAGCGUCAAACAGAGCAGAUGAUGUGUUCCAAAUUCGUAAAUUUGAUAAUACGCAUGGCAGUCAGGCGGCGUCAAACAUAUCAGAUGAUGCGUUCCAAAUUCGUAAACUUACGCAUGACCGUCAGGCAGCGUCAAACAUAUCAGAUGAUGCGUUCCAAAUUCGUAAACUUACGCAUGACCGUCAGACAGCGUCAAACAUAUCAGAUGAUGCGUUCCAAAUUCGUAAACUUACGCAUGACCGUCAGGCAGCGUCAAACAUAUCAGAUGAUGCGUUCCAAAUUCGUAAACUUACGCAUGACCGUCAGACAGCGUCAAACAUAUCAGAUGAUGCGUUCCAAAUUCGUAAACCUACGCAUGACCGUCAGACAGCGUCAAACAUUCAAGCUGAUACACAAACUCACAUUGUUGAUUCCUUCCAGAUUCACAUCAACUUAGAUGAAUUAAAAAAUAAUGAAGCAAGCACCAAAGAACUUUCAAAUAAAGAGCCGAAAAUGCUGGAUGAAACAAUCAAUGAUAUUUGGACGACAUUAAAUAGUGUUAAUGCAAAUACCAAACAAGGGAUGAUUAAGACUAAUCUUAAUAAUGCGAAUAACACGGUCGAAUAUCAAAGAUAUCUUAACUGCAACCUUUCAACAAUGGCAGCUAGAAAAGCAGUGCUUACUCAACUGAUCCAGGAUGCCGUUCUUAAGCUAUGUACCCAGAAUGUCGAGUUUGAUGAAUCUCUAGAAAUCGAUGGGAUAAUAUGUAUAACGCACAGUCAGAUUGCUCCAGAGAUCGUCGUUAAAAUGCAUAGAACAAUAAUGAAGCCUGAAGAGCCCCCAGUACAGUCUGAUCCUUCACUGCAAUGGACUGAACAACAACAACAACAGUACACAGAGCCUAUGUCUCAAGCAGCCAAAGGUUCUAUAGCUGGGAGAUCAGGUGGAGCUUAUGCGACAGCUGAAUCAUUUGAUCCGUCUGGUGGAACGCAGUUUAUUGGAGGAAUGAAUCAAGUCCAGGGUUACGUUGCAGAUUCACAGGAAACUUAUCAGUCAGACAGUACAUCAAAAGAUUCAAACUAUGGGACCCCAAAGAGCCAACGCAAGAGGAAAAAACAACCUGAAGUCCAGGCACAGGCAGAAUCGAUUACAAAACAGAUUAAAGUUGAGGAUACUGAUGACGCCAUCUAUAUAGAAGAUACAGGUUCGGAGCCACCAGGGGGCAGCAUGGAUCAGCAACAAGGGUCUUCAUGGAUGGAUGAAAUUCAGCAACAGUCUUAUCCUGAUAACUAUGGAAACCAUAACAACAAGCGGCAAUCCAAAAACAAACAUACUGGACAAUCAACAACACAAGUUCUGGUUGAAAUCGACAGAGAAUACAGAUGUACACAUUGCGAAUCAAUCUUCCCAAGUCAGCGCUGUGUUGACUAUCACCAUAGCAUCGUUCACGCGGGAUAUUGCGAUAUAUGUAACAUGCGACUCGAUGAAGUUGCUGAUAGGUCAGCGCAUGCUCGGGAACAUCAAGGGGAGAAGCCGCACCAGUGUUCACAUUGUUAUAAACUGUUUCAAACUAACGGUGGACUACAGCUACAUGUCAGUAGAGACCUAUAUUGCCAGAUAUGUGGAAAAGUGGUCCAAAUCAACAGGAGGCAACAGCAUCUAAAAUCUCAUGCUGUAUGA